AUGUCGCAGAAUAUUAAUUCUCCGGGCCCUGGUCUAAGUGCAGACCCUAUAGAGUCCUUCUUCAUGGCUCGCCGACUACUAGCUGCUGUCGCCGCGCUCAUCUUCUACGAGUACGCCAUCUCAUUCGGGCAAGAAAUGUCCCUCGUGUGGAAGCGCAAGAUAAAUCCCGGGAGUUGUCUGCUUCUCAAAAUCCGCUGGACACUGUUGUUCGAAGCUAUCGCGCUCGUACUGCCGCAACCAUCCCCCGAGAGGUGCGGCUAUAAUUUCCAGUUACCUGAUGAUUAA